AGGGAUAUAAGUGAUUUAGAGAAUUUCCAUUGGGCUUCAUGGAGUUUCGUACUGCUUUACUCUGAUUGUCGAAUAAUAUUUGCCUCCUAUCUAGUAGUCAGUCGAUUUAGCCAUUGUACAUCGUAAUAAAAUGGGGAAAACUAAAGAUGGUAGUUCGGACGAAGAGGCUGUUACUGGAUUAACUACAAAUGCAUUGCCGCAAAAGAGGCAUAAAAAGCACAAGCACAAAAAGCAUAAGAAAAAGAAACUUUCGCACGAAGGAGAGAGUUACAUUGAUAUAUCAAUGGAUUCUGAUUUGAAAAAGACUUUUAAAGUUAGAAUUAGAAAAGAGGAAGAUAGAAGCUCGGAGAAAGUAAAGGAGAAAGCAUUUAAAGUAGCUAAUUCAAAUGUAGCUAGCACCAGUACAGCUCUCUCGCCAAAAACUGCAGCAAAGAAAAAAGUUAUAAAAACUAAUAGAAGUAAGGAUAGCGGUACAAGUAGCGAAGAAGAGAGAUGGCUCGAUGCUAUCGAGUCGGGUAAAUUGGAAGAAGUUGACGACGAACUUAAAAAAAUUAAACCUAAAGAUCCAAAAUUAAUGACUGCUAGGCAAAGAGCAAUGUUUGAGCGGAAAACGGAUACGGAACCUAAUUCUAGUAUGGAGCAAUUAAUGUCUUUACCUACUGGUUAUAAAGAGAAAGUUAUGACAGCGGAGGCAAUUCAAAAAGCAGCUUUAAAAUCCUUGAAGCGUAAACAACUAGCAGAUGAAAAAAGAGAAAAAGACAAGAAAAAGACAAUGGAGAGGCUAUUAAAGAAGCAGGAAUCAAAAACGUCAAAAGUAGUUACAAAGGGUAAAGUAUCGAAACGUCAAGUUCCAUUGAUAACAUAUAAAAUAACCACGGAAGGAAGUUCAAUUUCUUUACCACCGGGAGAACAAUUCCCAUUAGCUGCUACAAAAGUUCAGGAACCGCUUUAUUCCACUUUAUGCGGAGUAUCAUCAUGUGCAAAUCCAAAAAAAUAUUCAUGUUCAAAGACUGGAAUUCCAAUCUGUAGUUUAACAUGCUACAAAAUGAAUUUAAUGGAAAUAGAAACGUAAAUAAACAAAAAUCUCCAAUACCAUUUCAAUUAUAUCAACUUUAUUUUUACCAAAAAAAGCGUAAUAGAUCUAACAAUUUGACAAUUAUUAUUG